AUGCCGAAACGCAAGAGCAAUGCCCCAGAGGUACUAGCAAACAAGCGCGCAAAGCUCGGCGCAGCCUCGAAGUCACUCGAGGAGUACUCCCUCAAGCUAAAUACUUUACGAGACCGAGAGCGUACUACCGCUAUAGACGAAGAAAAGAGGGCACAGGAUCGAUACCGCAAAGCGCGUAACGAAUCCUUCGCGCGAUUCAAAAAGGCACAAAUCAAGGAUACAAAGAAGCAGACUGGAAAGAGUAUAACACUUCCUCCCGAUAAGUAG